AUGUCUUUCAGCAAGCUCCUCGUUGCCUCUUUGCCCGCUCUGUUAGCUCUCCAAGCUGUUUCUGCUCUCCCAGCUGAGAAGAAUCUUGAAGACCGCCAGUGCACUGGCUGCACUCCUCCACCUGACACUCUCCCUGAUUACUACUGCCCCGUCAUCGACUCGGAGGAAAACAUCACUGGUGAAGCUUGGCAGGUUGGUGCCUCAGCCAAAAACAUUGCCACUGGCCAAGCAUACACUCAGGGAUCGAGCUGGACCAUUGGUGGUAGUCUUGGACUCAGUUUCGAAAAAGUCAUCACCGGCUCAGCAUCUCUAUCGGCCGAGGUUACAGAGUCCAUUGAGAUCACUGUCAGCACACAGGUCGAAAAUACAUGCCCUGAGGGGGGCGAAUUCUAUUGCUCAAUUCUCGUUUACCCUGGAAUGAGGCGUGUCAAGGGCCAUAUGGAGCUUUUGCUACCAGGUGCUGAGUGUCCCCUGGGUGCAGGUCUAAGUGAGGGAGAUUGGGAGAUGGUUUCGCCACGCAAGGACAAGUCCAACCUUCCCUUCUAUACUACUGACUUGUGCACUUGCGGUAACCUUGAAGGUGCCGACGGCGAGGGACAUCCAGAGAAACUGUGCCGUGAGGAUUGUGUCACACCUGCUAGACUCCGAGGUACCAAUGCCUUUUAG